AUGGCCACUCUAGGAGGCUUCCUCCUAACAUCAGAGACAAGGCUAACGCCGCCAUUGCUAGCUGCAGUUUCAGCUGUGAUGAGUUUCAGUUUAGGAUAUCUUCUGCUGAGCUUAACCGAUUUGUUUGAAGGGCCACGAGGGCUAUCGGGAAUGACGGCAGCUACCGGUCAAACCGGACUUACUGGAUGGACCGGAACAACUGGGCCAAGAGGAUCAGCUGGUGCAUCUGGAUCACUGGGAUUAAACGGACCCACUGGAUCAACAGGAACCACUGGAUCAAUCGGUGGAACUGGUGAAGCUGGUGCAACUGGUGAAACAGGUGAAACUGGUGAAACUGGUGAAACUGGUUAUACCGGCUCAACAGGAUCAACUGGAGCAACCGGUGCUACUGGUGCUAUUGGUAGCGACGGAAUGAGUGGUGGUCCUCCCACCACCAUCGGUCCUCCCACCACCACCAUCGGUCCUCCCACCACCACCAUCGGUCCUCCCACCACCAUCGGGCCAGCUCCAAUAGCGUGA